AACAAAGUAACAAACCCCGAAACCCGUCGCCGUGCGUUCGCAGCCACAGCGCGACGCGAUGGCCGGGCCGACGCCGACUUGCUCCGCGAUCGUGUCCCACACGGCUGCCUUCCUGGCCGAGCUCGUCGCCGACCCGCUCCUGCGUCGUCACCUCCUCUCGGCGGCCGCGGCUGCGGGCGGCGGACAGCAGCACCCGGCCGCCACGCUCCAGGCGCUGUCCCUCGUGUCGGACGCGCUCGACACCGCCGCCUCGUGUUCCCCGUCCCCGUCGUCGCUCCGCGCCGCGGAGCGCCUGCUGCGGUCGCUGCCGGCCGCCACCCCGCUCUCGUGCCUCCUCCUCGCGCUCGCGCGCGCCGCACGGCGCGGCGCCGGGGCCGCGGCCGCCGUGCUCGACCUCUUCGCGCUGGACCCCGCGCUGGCGCGCCACGAGCUCGCGCCCGCCGCCUUCGAGGCGCUCUUCGCGCCGCGGCUGCUCCCCGUCAUGCGCCACUUCGCCGCGCGCCGCGCCGCGGCCGCCGCCAGGACCAAGGGCGAGGAGGGCGGGUCGGACGAGGCCACGCCGAUGCGGGUCCUGUCGCUCAUGAGCGGGGCGCAAGCGCAGGAGAUGAGGGCGCUGGAGCGGGAGUAUGACAAGGUGCUCGACGCCAACUGCAGGGCGUACGCGCUCUACCUCAAGAGGAUCCUCGAGGCCGGCGAGCCAUCAUCGCCGGCGGUGUCGUCGCCGCUGCCGCAGCCUCUUCCUCCUCCGGAGCUCGUGUUCGGCGUCGAGGACGACGACGACAGUCGCGGCGACGAGGACACCGCGCCGGAGAACGACGAGUCCGCUGCCAGCUCGCAGAGCGAACUACGUGACAAUCCGAUGUGGGCGGAGACGGAGGAGCAGCCGGGCGAUCUUUACCCGCGGCGGCAGGGCAGCGUGAAAGGCAGGAGGGACCUCUUGAGGCCGCCGAGCCUGUACCCGCAGCGCGUGCCGCCGCACCUCAUAGUUCAGCAGCAGCAAGCGCUGCCGGUGGGCAGAGGGAGCCCAGCGUCAAGGCUCCGAGCGGAGCACUCACGGUCGCGGUCGCCGGCCACGCCAUCAGACGACAGCAUGGAGGAGUCUUCCUCCGAGCUCUGUGCGGCCAAAGAGGAAAAGAUCGCGGCGUCGCCACUGUCCUCCAAGCAGCCACGUCCACGCGCCGACGCCGGCCAGCUGUCACCGGAGCCAGCGAGCUUCCCAGUACGCUGCGACGCCGCCGCCGUCGACCCGCUGCAGCCGCUGCCGACGCCCAAGGACUUCGUGUGCCCGAUCACGAGCCAGGUGUUCGACGACCCGGUGACGCUCGAGACCGGGCAGACGUACGAGCGGCGCGCCAUCCAGGAGUGGCUGGACCGGGGCAACGCCACCUGCCCCAUCACCCGGCAGCGCCUCCACGGCGCGCAGCUGCCCAAGACCAACUACGUCCUCAAGCGCCUCAUCGGCGCCUGGCGAGACCAGCGGCGGACGCCGUCCCCUUCCUCCUCCCCUUCCCCUUCGCCGCCGCCGGCCACGCCUCCCCCCGCUCCCGCGACCGCCAUGGCGGGCGACAGCCCCGCGCCGCCGUUCCCCCUCCCCGUCAAGGCUGCCGCCGCCUCGUCGCCGUCCCCGGACGCCAACACCAGCGCCAGCGCGCCGUCGCCCACCAGCGUCAUCGCGCAGGCCUCGCUCGAGAGCGCCGUGGCCGAGCUCCGCGCCGCCGUGUCCUGCCUCUGCACGUCCGAGGACCUGGCGCAGUCGGAGCGGUCGGUGCUCAAGAUCGAGCGCCUCUGGCGUGACGCAACCGCCGGCGGAGCCGACGCCGAGCCGGCCAUCCUCGCCGCGCUCGCCAGGCCCGCCGUCCUGAACGGCUUCGUGGAGAUCCUCUUCAACUCCGUCAGCGCGCAGGUGCUGCGGGUCGCCGUCUUCCUGCUCGCCGAGCUCGCGUCCCGGGAUGACGCCGUCGUGCAGACGCUGACCAGGGUCGACUCCGAUGUCGACUGUCUCGCCGCGCUCUUUAAGAAGGGACUGGCGGAGGCCGCCGUGCUCAUCUGCCUCCUGUCGCCCGCGCCCGAGCAGCUCGUCGAGAUGGACCUGGCGGAGGCGCUCGUCGCCACAAUCCGCCGCGGCGGCGGCGACGAGGACCCGCUCAAGAUGUGCGUCAGCCCCAAGGCCGCGUCGGUCAUCCUCCUCAGCCAGAUCCUCGUCGAGGACGCCGCUGCCGCCGCCGACGAUGACAGCUCCUCCACGCCGCCGGUGCCGAGGUCUGCGCUGAUGUCCGAGAGGUUCAUUCGGAGCCUCGCCGCCAGCCUGGAGGCCGAGCCGGUGGAGGAGAGGCUAGCCGCCAUGCGCAUCCUCCUCAGGUGCAUCUGGGAGGACGGCCACUGUCGGAGAAGCAUCGCCGAGAAGGCGUCCCUCGGGGCCGUCCUCGACGCCUUCCACGCCGUCGGCGACGCCGACAAGAUCGACAUCGUGCGCUUCCUCUACGAGCUGCUCAAGCUGAAAAAGCGAUCGGCGGCGGAGCGUCUUCUUCGCACAAUCAAGGAGGGUGGCUCGUUCAGCAUGAUGCACACGCUGCUGGUGUACCUUCAGUCGGCGCCGCCGGAGCACAGCCCUGUCGUGGCGGGGCUGCUCCUCCAGCUUGAUCUCCUGGUGGAGCCGAGGAAGAUCAGCAUGUACCGCGAGGAAGCCCUGGACUGCCUCAUCCAGUGCCUGAAGAACGCCGACUUCCCUCGGUGCCAGCUCCUCGCCGCCGAGACCAUCAUGUGCCUCCCGGGGAGGUUCUCGUCGUCGGGGAGGCCGCUCGCCCGUUCCACGCUGCUGAAGCUGGCCAGGGUGAAGGAAAGGUACCGGCAGUCGCAGGACCUGAGCGCCGCUCGCGCCGACGGCGAGGACGAGAUGGAGGAAGGGAAGGCCGCGUCGGAGUGGGAGAGGAAGGCGGCGUACGCGGUGGUGAGCCACGAGUUCGGGCUGGUGUUCGAGGCCCUGUCCGAGUGCCUGAGGACCAAGAACGCGGAGCUGUUCACGACGAGCCUCGUGUGCGCCGCCUGGCUCGUGCACAUGCUCUCCCUGCUCCCCGACACCGGCGUCCUCGGGGCGGCCAGGGUCUGCCUGCUCCGCCAGUUCGUCGUGGUGCUCCGCUCCGCCAAGCACGGCAGCGACCGGGUCCUCGCCAUGGUGGCGCUCAGGAGCUUCAUGAACGACCGCGAGGGGAUGCACGACAUCACGACGUACAUCAAGGACGUGCUCAGGACGCUGAGGGAGCUGAAGAAAUCGUCCGGCCUCGCGUUCGAGAUGCUCAAGCUGCUAUCAGACGGCCAGGAAUCCAGCGUCGACAUGUGGAGCCACAAGGAGAUCAAUCAGGUAGACUGCAGCGCGAACGGCGAGGUCACGUCGGUCGUUUACCUCAACAACUACAUCUUCUCCGGCCACUCCGACGGCACCCUUAAGGUGUGGCAAGGGAGCGAAAACAUCCUUGCCCUUGUCCACGAGGCCCAGGAGCACAGCAAGGCCAUCACCAGCUUGUCGGUCCUGCACUCGGAGUCGGAGGAGAAGCUCUACAGCGGCUCACUGGACAGAAGCAUAAGGGCGUGGCAGCUCCGGGACGGCGUGCUCCGGUGCGUGGAGGUCCACGACACCCGAGACCCCGUGCAGAGCCUGGCCGUGGCCAGCGCCGUGGCCUGCUUCGUUCCGCAGGGCGCGGGCGUGAAGGUGCUGAGCUGGGGCAGCGGCAGCUCCAGGGUCGUGAACGCCAACAAGUACGUGAGGUCCAUGGCGCUGGUGCACGGCAAGCUCUUCUGCGGCUGCAGCGACGGCAGCGUCCAGGAGAUCGACCUGGCGAGCGGCACGCUGGGCGUGAUCCAGCCCGGCAGCAAGCGGAUCCUGGGCAAGGCCAGCCCCGUCUACGCGCUGCAGGCCCACGGCGGGCUGCUCUACACCGGCGGCACGCCGUCGUCGUCGUCGGCGGCGUCCGCGGACGGCGGCGGCGGUGCGGCCGUCAAGGUGUGGAGCUGCGCCAACUACGGCCUCGUCGGGUCGAUGGCCACGGCGGCGGAGGCGCGCUCACUGGUCGUCAGCGCCGACCUCGUCUACGUCGCCUCCAGGGCCGCCGCCGUCGAGAUCUGGUCCAGGGAGAAGCUCGCCAGGAUCGGCACGCUGCAGGCGGGCGGCCGCGUCCAGUGCAUGGCCGUCGACGCCGACGGCGACGUCCUCGUCGUCGGGACGUCCGACGGCAAGAUCCAGGCGUGGGGAUUGACUUGACAAGACGCAGAAGAACUAUUGGGUGUAGAGAGGAGGCAUGAAGGGACACACCGCGAGUGGCGUAUAUAUGGCGAUGUUUCUUUAAUUGCUUAUUUUUUUCGUCACAUACUCACAUCUGGCACGGAUUUUUCACCAUCUACUAAUUGUAAAUAAAUAUCGACUUUUUCAUGACUCUGAUUCUAAUAAUCAGAUAAAAUAUGUUAAUUGUGAUCCGAA